CUCGGGAGGCGGGGCAGGAGGCGGGCACAAGCACCAGGUCGUAGGUCUGUGGCCUCGGAUCUGUUGGAGGCGGCGAUCGUGCAGCGGUCCCGCCGGCGCCAUGUCGUUCUGCAGCUUCUUUGGGGGCGAGGUUUUCCAGAACCACUUUGAGCCGGGCAUCUACGUGUGUGCCCAAUGUGGCUAUGAGCUGUUUUCCAGCCGCUCAAAGUACGCACACUCAUCCCCAUGGCCGGCCUUCACCGAGACCAUCCAUGCUGACAGUGUGGCCAAGCGUCCAGAGCACAAUCAGCCUGGAGCCUUAAAGGUGUCCUGUGGCAGGUGUGGCAAUGGGCUGGGCCAUGAGUUCCUGAACGAUGGCCCCAAGCGUGGACAGUCCCGCUUCUGAAUAUUCAGCAGCUCACUGAAGUUCAUCCCUAAAGGCAAAGAAACUUCUGCCUCCCAGGGACAGUAGGUGGGCAGCCCACACCCAACCCAGAUGGACACUGCUUUGUGGCCACACUCUGGACAUCCCACCUUAGAAGUGGAACCUCAGACAUUUGGACAGGGGAGCGGGGGGGGGUGGAGAGGGGUAGCUGAAACAUCAGGAAGGUUCCCGAGGCCUUGCCUCCGAACAGGCUAGGAGAAGGGAAGAGGCUGGGAAAAGGAGAAGUCUACACUAGGCUGCCAGGGGGUGCCUGGAGGCCCCACUGUCGGCUCUCACAGGAGUCUCAGGGAGGGGGCUCUAGGCCUGGCUCAUCUUAGAGUGAUGGUGCAGCCUCUACCUUCUCUCCUCAGCCCGCUGCCCCCUCCCUGCCUGUUUGGACUCACCCCGGUGAGGCCCAGUUCUGAGAUGGGCUCUGGCCCUCGCCGAAGCUCUUGCCUGUCUCCAGCAGGCUGUGCUAGGAGAGAGAACGCAAACAGGGGCGGCUCCAGUUGGCUGCUCCAGCCCUGGUCACUCUAUGAUUCUCUCUGACUAAACCCUUCCAGGCAGCCAGAGUGGUGAUGAUCUGUGACCUGCUGGGGGAGCAGGCAGAGGGGUCAGAUCUCUGGCCUCUCGGUUAUGAAAGGAGAAAUCCCGAACCCUGUUGCACCAUCUGUGUGGAUGCUGCUUGCCCCACUCAGGCUUAGGAAAGCAGCUAUUGCUCCAUCACCUUGACUGUGCAAGGCUGGGGACACCGGAGCUCACAGCCUACAGUUCACCGUUUCCGGGGACACAGUGACUGUGCCUCACUGCACAUGCUCUGAGGGUCCUGCCAUCAGGGAGGGUGGGCGAAGUCCCUUCCAUCUUGAAUCCUCUUUGGAGUAAUCAGAAAGAGAUCAAUAAACAAACAGAACCCAGGCUUGCUGUCUUUAUUAACAACAUCAGGGACUCCAGGACCCAGGAUCAGGCUUUGCAUAGCUGUUUCACUUGUUCCACAAAUAGUUAUUGAGCUCAGUGUCAGGCUCUAGCUUCAGUGCUGGGGAUGCAGCCAUGAGAAAGGCAGACGGGGCCUGCCCUUAAGGUCUUUUUUUUUUUUUUAAUUUUUAAAUUAAAUUAAAUUUAUUUUUUUAUACAGCAGGUUCUUAUUAGUCAUCAAUUUUAUACACAUCAGUGUAUUCAUGUCAAUCCCAAUCACCCAAUUCAUCACGCCACCACCACCACCCCCUGCCGCUUCCCCCCUUGGUGUCCAUACGUUUGUUCCCUGUAUCUGUGUCUGUUUCUGUUCUGCAAACUGGUUCAUCUGUACCAUUUUUCUAGGUUCCACAUAUAUGCGUUAAUAUACGAUAUUUGUUUUUCUCUUUCUGACUUACUUCACUCUGUAUGACAGUCUCUAGAUCCAUCUACAUCUCAACAAAUGACCCAAUUUCGUUCCUUUUUAUGGCUGAGUAAUAUUCCAUUGUAUAUAUGUACCACAUCUUCUUUAUCCAUUCAUCUGUCGAUGGGCAUUUAGGUUGCUUCCAUGACCUGGCUAUUAUAAAUAGUGCUACAAUGAACAUUGGGGUGCAUGUGUCUUUUUGAAUUAUGGUUUUAUCUGGGUAUAUGCCCAAUAGUGGGAUUGCUGGAUCAUAUGGUAAUUCUAUUUUUAGUUUUUUAAGGAACCUCUGUACUGUUCUCCAUAGUGGCUGUAUCAAUUUACAUUCCCACCAACAGUGCAAGAGGGUUCCCUUUUCUCCACACCCUCACCAGCAUUUGUUGUUUGUAGAUUUUCUGAUGAUGCCCAUUCUAACUGCUGUGAGGUGAUACCUCAUUGUAGUUUUGAUUUGCAUUUCUCUGAUAAUUAGUGAUGUUGAGCAGCUUUUCAUGUGCUUCUUGGCCAUCUGUAUGUCUUCUUAGGAGAAAUGUCUAUUUAGGUCUUCUGCCCAUUUUCGGAUUGGGUUGUUUGUUUUUUUAAUAUUGAGCUUCAUGAGCUGUUUAUAUAUUUUGGAGAUUAAUCCUUUGUCCGUUGAUUCAUUUGCAAAUAUUUUCUCCCAUUCUGAGGGUUGUCUUUUCGUCAUCUUUAUGGUUUCCUUUGCUGUGCAAAAGCUUUGACGUUUCAUUAGGUCCCAUUUGUUUAUUUUUGUUUUUAUUUCCAUUACUCUAGGAGGUGGAUCAAAAGUGUGAUUUAUGUCAAAGAGUGUUCUUCCUAUGUUUUCCUCUAAGAGUUUUAUAGUGUCCGGUCUUACAUUUAGGUCUCGAAUCCAUUUUGAGUUUAUUUUUGUGUAUGGUGUUAGAGAGUGUUCUAAUUUCAUUCUUUUACAUGUAGCUGUCCGGUUUUCCCAGCACCACUUAUUGAAGAGACUGUCUUUUCUCCAUUGUAUAUCCUUGCCUCCUUUGUCAUAGAUUAGUUGGCCAUAGGUACGUGGGUUUAUCUCUUGGCUUUCUAUCCUGUACCAUUGAUCUAUAUUUCUGUUUUUGUGCCAGUACCAUAUUGUCUUGAUUACUGUAGCCUUUGUAGUAUAGUCUGAAGUCAGGGAGUCUGAUUCCUCCAGGUCUGUUUUUUUCCCUCAAGACUGCUUUGGCUAUUCGGGGUCUUUUGCGUCUCCAUACAAAUUUUAAGAUUUUUUGUUCUAGUUCUGUAAAAAAUGCCAUUGGUAAUUUGAUAGGGAUUGCAUUGAAUCUGUAGAUUGCUUUGGGUAGUAUAGUCAUUUUAACAAUAUUGAUUCUUCCAAUCCAAGAACAUGGUAUAUCUCUCCAUCUGUUUGUAUCAUCUUUAAUUUCUUUCAUCAGUGUCUUAUAGUUUUCUGCAUACAGAUCUUUUGUCUCCCCUAGGUAGGUUUAUUCCUAGGUAUUUUAUUCUUUUUGUUGCCUUGGUAAAUGGGAGUGUUUCCUUAAUUUCUCUUUCAGAUUUUUCAUCAUUAGUGUAUAGGAAUGCAAGAGAUUUCUGUGCAUUAAUUUUGUAUCCUGCAACUUUACCAAAUUCAUUGAUUAGCUCUAGUAGUUUUCUGGUGGCAUCUUUAGGAUUCUGUAUGUGUAGUAUCAUGUCAUCUGCAAACAAUGACAGUUUUACUUUUUCUUUUCCAAUUUGUAUUCCUUUUAUUUCUUUUUCUUCUCCGAUUGCUGUGGCUAGGACUUCCAAAACUAUGUUGAAUAAUAGUGGUGAGAGUGGACAUCCUUGUCUUGUUCCUGAUCUUAGAGGAAAUGCUUUCAGUUUUUCACCAUUGAGAAUGAUGUUGGCUGUGGGUUUGUCAUAUAUGGCCUUUAUUUUGUUGAGGUAGUUUCCCUCUAUGCCCACUUUCUGGAGAGUUUUUAUCAUAAAUGGGUGUUGAAUUUUGCCAAAAGCUUUUUCUGCAUCUAUUGAGAUGAUCAUAUGGUUUUCAUUCUUCAAUUUGUUAAUAUGGUGUAUCACAUUGAUUGAUUUGCGUAUAUUGAAGAAUCCUUGCAUCCCUGGGAUAAAUCCCACUUGAUCAUGGUGUAUGAUCCUUUUAAUGUGUUGUUGGAUUCUGUUUGCUAGUAUUUUGUUGAGGAUUUUUCUUUUUUUUUUUUU